AUGGCACAAAUCACACCCAACAAUGCCGGUGCGAGAAAUGUUGGGCAGGGAAACGGCUCGCAGUUCAUCACUGGGGGCUGCGUCAACAAUGCCGACUGCGCUUCAGGGUGUUGCGCUGAUGCGAGUGGCGUGGGGGUCUGCUCUGCUGAGGCUGCUCAGUUCCAAAAUGGGAAGAAUGGAUGUGGCUUUGUUGAUCCGAAUGCUCAGGGGACCAUUGCUGCUGCUCAGGCUCAGGUUGCGAGGCAGGGAUUCUGA